GUACAAUUCUUAUCUCGGACACAUCGAGUUUGAGGGCACCGUGAGUCAUGGUCGCGCGUUUUAAGUUAACGUUAGGCACAAAACGGCGAGUUCGCUCAAUUGCCCCGCCAACUUUUCCUUCCCUCAAAUUGACCCCACCAAACAGUGACUGCUCCCUUCACGGCAAUCCCUCCUUCCACACCACAACCUGCGAUUGACUUCGCAGAAGUGCAAGGCAAGAUGGCCGCGGCGCAGGAUCUCGCCGACCGCACCAAGAGCGACGCCAAAUGCUACAUUGACCCGGCAGUGGGCAAAGACGACGAGACCGCGGACGGCUCCGAGGCGAAGCCCUAUCAGUCGCUCUACUAUGCCCUGGUCCAGCACCUCGACAAGCCGGCGCCGGCAUACCUCACACGCCCAGCCGCGCCGAAGGAGGACGGCACUGGUCCCGCGUGGGAAGAGCCCGCCAAGAGCGCCAUGAAGAAGGCGACUGGCCGCGUCGACGCGUAUAAGAAGAAGCUGGCCAAGGAGCAGGCCUCGGCCCGGCAGGAGGAGGAGGAGCGCAAGCAGCGGCUCAAGAACCUCGAGGACGCCAGGAAGAUCGUGCUAAAGGAGGACCCCUCGCUCCCGCCCGCCGUGCGCAUCAAGCUCAACAAUAAGAGCGUCGAGCUCGGCGACGGUGCUAGCAAGAAGGGCACGCGCGUCAAGGUGUACGGCCGCAUCCACGAGCUCCGGGUGCAGAAGACGACGACCUUCAUCACGCUCAAGGAUGGCUACGGGUACCUGCAGUGCAUCCUGCAGGCCGGGGACUUGACCAAGAACUACGAUGCGCUGAUGUUUGCGAUCGAGACGGCGCUCGUCCUCUACGGCGAGAUGCGCAGCGUGCCGGCGGGUGCCAAGGCACCCGACAACCGCGAGCUGCACGUCGAUUACUACAAGGUGCUGGGCGCGGCGCCGAGCGACCUAGAUGCCAUCACCAACAAGGUGUCGAUGCAGCAGGACCCGUGGGAUGCGCAGAUGCUGGAUAACAGGCACCUGGUGCUGCGCGGCGAGAACGCCUCAGCCGUGAUGAAGCUGCGCGAGUUUGUCGAGCUGGCGUUUAUCGACACGUAUCGCGAGAUGGAGUUCCGCAAGGUGUCACCGCCGGCCAUGGUGCAGACGCAGGUCGAGGGCGGCGCCACGCUGUUCAAGUACGAUUACUACGGGGAGGAGGCCUACCUGACACAGUCGUCGCAGCUGUAUCUGGAGACAGUGAUGCAAUCGCUGGGAAAUGUGUACUGCAUUGAGAAGUCGUUCCGGGCGGAGAAGAGCCUGACGAGGCGACAUCUCUCGGAGUACACCCACAUCGAAGGCGAACUCGACUUCAUCGACUUCGACGAGCUGCUCGAACACCUUGAGGAGCUCAUCUCGCGUGUCGUCGACAAGGUGUUGGCGGACGAGACCAUGUCGGGAUACAUGAAGCACCUGAACCCCAACUUCCAGAAGCCGUCGCGACCAUUCCUGCGCAUGAAGUAUGCGGAUGCGAUCGAGUGGCUCAACAAGCAGGACCCGCCCAUCCUCAACGAGGAGGGCAAGCCGCACGUGUUUGGCGACGAUAUCGCCGAGGCGGCCGAGCGCAGGAUGACGGAUAUCAUCAACCGGCCAAUUUUCCUCACGCACUUCCCCGUCGAGAUCAAGGCCUUCUACAUGAAGAAAGACCCCAACGACCGGCGGGUGACCGAGUCUGUCGAUGUGCUAAUGCCCGGCGUUGGCGAGAUCGUCGGUGGGUCCAUGAGAAUGGACGACUACGACGAGCUGAUCGAGGCCUACAAGAAGAACGGCAUCCCGCAUGAGCCGUACUACUGGUACACUGACCAGCGGAAGUAUGGCUCCUCGCCGCACGGUGGAUACGGUCUCGGCCUGGAGCGCUUCCUGGCUUGGAUGGCCAACCAACAUACCGUCCGGACAUGUAGCUUGUAUCCGCGCUUUAUGGGGCGGUGCAAGCCUUGAUGGAUGAAACGGUGUGAAGCUGGAGGCGGAGAGCGUGGAGUUUUGGGAGCGGCGGUCAUUGCUUGGUUUGACCGGCUUAUCAACCGGGGUCAAAUCCGAAGGGCAGUCAUGUUAGUUUUGAAGCUAGACAUUAACCCACCCCCCCCC